AUGUCUUCUACAACUACCACGACAACCUCCAAGGCUUCAUUAUCUACAAGUCAACCCAAAAAUAGACUCCAUCAAAUUCCACAAUUUCCCACCCUCGAAGCGAAAAGACGAUGGCAAUUGGAGCAAAUGGCGGGCGCCUUUCGCAUAUUUUCGAGAUUGGGCUUCGCUGAUGGAGGGAGUGGCCAUAUCAGUCUUAGAGACCCAGUUCAACCAGACACAUUUUGGCUAAAUCCUUAUGGAGUCCAUUUCGGCCUCUUGAAGGUGUCUGACAUGGUUCAUGUGAAUGAAGAUGGAGAACGUAUCGGUGGCGCAGAUAGGCCCGUGAAUACUGCCGGGUUUAUCAUCCAUGCAGCUAUCCAUAAACGACGGCCUGAUAUCAAUGCUGCAUGCCACUUCCACAGCCCCUAUGGCCGUGCAUGGUCCACCUUUGGAAAACCCAUAGACAUGUUAAAUCAGGAUAGUUGCAUGUUCUAUAAUGACCUUGCGGUAUAUGCCAACUUCGGUGGCGUCGUAUUUGCUAAAGAGGAGGGUAUGCGGCUCGCUGACACAUUGGGCCCGACCAAAAAGAACCUGAUACUACAGAAUCACGGUAUCUUGACAUCUGGCGGCACUAUUGCUGAAGCAGCUGCCUUCUUCAUCGCUUUGGAGAGAGCUUGUCAGUCACAGCUUCUGGUUGAAGCGUCUUUGGCCGGCUCGCGGUUACAAAAGACGUUUGUGGGUGACGAAGAGGCUCAGUACACAAAGGAUGGAACUGGAACCCCAGAGGUUAUGUACAUGCAGUUCGAGCCAGAAUACCAAUACAUUCUGGCUAGGUCUGGGGGCGACUUUUUGCAAUAG